CAAGCAACCAGCCAAACCAAGAACCUAAGAACCUCCGCCCCGAGGCACCGCACUUCCAAGCCAACGUCAACCCUCAACCAACCCCCUUCGUCCUUCGUCCUUCAUCACCUCCCUCGUCCGGCAUGCUCGGAGUUCUCUUCAAUGGCGGCUUUGGCUGCAUUCUUGCAGGGCUUCUUUUGGGGGCAGCGUUCUCGCAGCAACAUGUCGUCACGGCCGCCCUCCCGGCGGCCCCCAUCGACGCCAUCAACGACGACGCCCGCCUCGCCCCCCUGGACUGCGCCCGUGCCUCUGGGUACAACGUGAGUUGCUGCCCAUUCACCUGCACGCCGACGUUUGACCCGCACACGGAGAUCGUUCCUGUUCCAGGGCAGCGUGCGGCCGUCGCCCUCGUCAUGGCAUUCAACGACUGCCCGCAAGGACCCGGGCACUACACGUGGCGGGUCGAUUGGCAUGACGGGUGCGUCACCUCAGGAACCUACGACCACCUCCUGCAGGUGCACGAACAGCACCAAUAUGCCAAGGCUGGCGUGUACGAGAUCACCGCAGAGUACUGCUCCACGCCCGCCCCUGGCUGCUCCUCCUGCUCCACCAUGACCACGACCAUCAACGUGCACUGAGGCUGCCGAAUUGGAGGAUCCUCGCUCGUCUGCUCCCCUCUUUCUCUUCUUUCUCUUCUUGUUCUUCUUUGUCCCCUCCCUCCUUCCACAUUGUCCGUGCUCUUCUUUGUCCCCUCCCUCCUUUUCCUCUCUCUGUCUCUUUGUGUCUGUCUGUUUGCCUGUCCGUCUGUCUGUCUGUCUGUCUGUCUGUUUGUUUGUCUGUCUGUCUGUCUGUGUGUCUGUGUGUCUGUCUCUGUGUCUGGUAUGCUUCGUUUGCGCUCUGUUGCCUUUGUGCGUGUGCGUUCAAGUACGCAGAGUUGAUUCCUUGCUUCUUGGCUGCACACCGGGCAACUGCAACGUGAGCGACGUGUUCUCUUCUGCUUUGGUCUCUGCCUGUGCGUGAUGUGAUUUGAUUUGAGUACACCCACACCCCAAAGAAGCAACCACCA